AUGGCUCACCUUAGGAUUCGCAGAGCCCUUGGUCACCUGGAUCCUCCAGGACUCUUCUCAAACUCCGUACGGGAGUUUGACAUCGUCGUCACUUGUCGAGAUCCGGGGCCUGAGUUCAUUCUCCUAUGUACGAAACUGUCUUUGCAGAGACUACGAUUUCUCGCCUGGGGCGAAGCUGCCGGACUGCUCCCGAGUCCGGACGGAACCAGCCCGCGCGAUGAAAGACAGAAACUCGCAGCAGAGAUCCAGCAAAGUUUAGAAGAAAGCCUGAUCGAUCUCAGUCUCGUAAUAAUGGAUGCCGAGGUCUUCACCGAGAGGUUCCAGCUUGGAGGGGACGUGCCGGAGAGGGAGAGAGACGCCCAGCGAGCAGCCGCCCUGUCUGUCGGCCUGCCUGUAUUUCAGUCAAGGUUCGAAGCGUGCAAAGAACGCAUUUGGAGACACAGCCAGAGGGAGCAAUCUUCGUGGGUGGUCAGGCGAUGGUCCGUGUAUGAUUUGUCCAAGUUUGCAACCGCCAUCGAUAAGAUCAAGUGCUCGCUCGAUGCACUUGAAGGUAUUACUAGGUGUUUGGGAAUUCUCGAAGAGCAGAAACGCCUCCUUAGACACGAGAUUGAACUGGUCACAGUUGAGGCCAGCAUCCGGCUCCUAAGCCGGGUCUCAUCCCUCGAUGAGUCGUCACCGGUUCUGUCAGUCGUCUCAAACGUUGUCAACCGUGCCUUGAGAAGCUUUGCCGAGCCCAGAGGACCGAAGAUUUCCCCUGUGUAUCAGAUGCAUCAGACAAAAUUGGGUGUCGCCUCGCCCGUUGAAGAAGCUAGUAUCUCAGGGACGCAGAAGAAUGGCUCAUCAAUCCAGGUGACCAGCAUCAGUAGUAGGAGCGGCGAGAGAAAAGACAAUCCAGGCGCCGGUCUAUCCGAGCAAGCCGAUCUUUGCCAAGCGUGCCGAAUUAUCACCUUGCCGAUGCUCGUCAAUGGAUUUCGGCAUCCUUUAGAUUUUGAGGAGGUCCAGAAAUCCAAGGACCACUGCCGGUUCUGCGCGCUCCUAGGAGAUGCUUACAACACGCAGACAUGCAUUAAUCAAAUGAAUCUACCUUGCGAUAAGAUCCAUCGCGACCGGUUGCAGUGGGCAUUAGAGGCUCUCGGGCCUGGUGUCCGAUAUGGAAUGUUCAAGCUUGAUUCUGGUCAUUAUGGCAGACCCAUCCGGAUCUACUCCUUGGAAGAAUCGAGUUUGUUCAGUCAUGGCAUCUUCACGCAAAGAGAUUUGCAAGCUGCCUCUUCUCCCCGCAACCUCCGCCUACUACGUACCUGGCUUGACGAAUGCCGCUCGACUCACGACGAGUGUCAGCGCGGCCGGUAUUCCGGGCACCAGUUCGAUGAUGUCUCUGGUUCUGCGGCACUUCCCUUCAGGGAUGCCAUCCGCCUCACGAGGGAGCUAGACGAACGGUUCCUUUGGAUCGACUCCCUUUGCAUCGUUCAGGAUGACCCUGACGACCUUGACACGCAGAUAGGACUCAUGGGAACAAUAUUUGAGAAAUCGUACUGUACAAUAGUGGCUGCUGACGCGAAGGGGCCUAGCGGAGACUUGCCCGACCGAGGCUUGUUCCUAAGUGGAGGAGACAUCGUCCGGAGGAGGCCCCUUCUAUGGGUGAGGCAUCCAUUUCCUGCGGUCGAGUCACGAUUUGACAACCCGUACGACAUGAAGGCCGCCCAACCACCCUCAAAAGGUGAAAUGCUGCCGGUCUUCAUGGAAAAACAUCCCAUAAACGAAGGCGAUAUUUUCUCAUUGCAGAUCCAAAAGAAAACGUGGUAUUCUCGCGGAUGGGUCUUCCAGGAAAAGGAGCUCUCUCGUAGAUGCAUAUUUUACACCGAGGAGACGGUCGCGUGGAGGUGCAAUCGAUACUGGGAUACAGAACGGACCGGUGUCCCCGAGCGACGCACGCGAGCCGCCGGGAUAAGCCUAGAGGUGAGGACGAUUGGAGGUUUCACUUACGGGAUUCCCUAUGCCGCGAGGAAAGUAUGGCAAGCGGCAGUCGAGGAGUACAGCAAGAAGAGUUUGACUUACAUCUCUGAUAAGGGCAAAGCCAUUCAAGGCUUGGAAGAGCGGAUGGCGGCCCGCUGCGGUGCCACGUUCCGAUUCGGACUCCUUGACUUUGGACCCGAGGACAUUCUACUCUCCCAGUUGCUCUGGGUCCCAGACGUCGCCCGUAGUAGCCGGUUGGGUGGUGACCCCGACUUCCCCUGUCCGUCGUGGAGCUGGAUGGCGGUGGAGGGCCCGGCAAGGUGGACCGCUAACGAAUGCCUGGCCCACCCCGAAGCGCUCUCGGAGGUCAGUUUCGGCGAAGCUACGCCAGAUGGCCGACAGGUACUCCGAAUCUCCGGGCCGCGUCAAGCUAUCGAGAUUGGUUCUACUAUUAGCGAAAUUCCUCAUUUUACGCGGUAUGAAAGGUGGCCGCCGGAGAUCUAUUUCGGGUGGGCGGAACUCGCAUUGGAUUCGGGGACAAACACGAUGCGAUCGGCAGUCGAUGGCGAAAUUCUCGGGUGGGUUAUCCUGGACACCGAGGAGGACUUGCAGACGGCCGAGAUUAUAGCGGCUCCGCUGUUGCAGUAUGUGAGGCUGGACGAUGAGACCGAGUCGAUGUGUGUUGACUUUUUGGCAUUGGUUAAGGUCUCUGCGCAGGCGAAUCUGCCUAUGUGUUCUGGUGCCCCCGAGGUCUAUCGCCGCGUCGGCAGAGGAAGGGUUCUUAGGUCGGCCUUUGACUGGCUGGAAGGCUGCCAGAGGCACGAUGUUGCCGUCGUGUAA